UGCAUCAUUUUCAGGUGGUGGAAAGUCUCAGUUAGGAAUGAAUUUCAUUAAUCCAGACCUGGAGAAAUUAAAGAAUGUCAGGAGGAUUUUUUGGAUGAUUUAUGUCUUCAUAUUCAGAUUGCUAUAGUGUUUGGUGCCAAAGUUCUGGAUCAUGUCCUCAGUCUGUGCUGAGGUAACUGUGACUUCCUGGAACAGCUUCCUGUCCCACUGCUCCUGUACAUCAUUUCCUUUCUGGAGCUUGAAGAUAUUGCCAAGCUUUCUCCAGUUUCAUGCUGAUUUGAAAUGGUAAAAAAAAUAAAAAUAAAAAAAUUAGCGUUGUUAUCUUUGCUGUGCAGAAUGUUAGUUGUGAUUCAUCUCACACUUAACAUACUAAUCAAUUACUCUGCUUUACUUAAUGUUUGAGACAAUUAAUUAAUCAUCUGUAUCCAAACAACUGAACAGGUGCAAUAAAAACUAGAUCUUAGAAAGUCUGUUGGAGAGACUGUGCUUAUCCUGCAAACUUUUGUUGCAGAUAAUAAAGGCAAUUAUCCAGAUAAUUCCAUUGUAACCCAUGGUUGGGUGUUUUACACUACUUCCAGGAUUAAGUAUUUGAAAUGUAAAACCCAUGCUUUGCAUUAGGAUUUGCAACACUAAUGUAUAGGAACUUCAGCUUCAAUCCCCUUAUGCUAGACUCAUUAACAAACAAAAAAUCAUUGAGAGAUUC